AGGAAAUGCUUGUAAUCACUUAAAUCUGAAGUUCAGUGCCAGUUUUCAGCCGGAAACUCGAAUAGGAUUUAACCAGAGGGUCCACUCUUCUGGUGGCUGUCUCGAAGAUCGGUACCCGUCGUCGCAAUGGAUGAUCUUAACAAGGACCAGAUCGUGCUCCUGAAGAAGGCUUUCGAUGCUUUCGACCACGAGAAGAAAGGAUGCAUCGGGACAGACAUGGUUGGGACAAUUUUGACAAUGUUGGGUCACGAGCUGAGCGAAACAACGUUGCAAGAGAUCAUAUCAGAAGUCGACGAAGAUGGAUCCGGGGUGCUGGAAUUCGAGGAAUUUUGCACCCUGGCUGCGAGGUUCCUCGUAGAAGAGGAUACGGAAGCGAUGCAGCAGGAGUUAAGAGAAGCUUUUCGACUUUAUGAUAAGGAAGGGAAUGGUUACAUAACUACGGACGUAUUUCGAGAUAUUCUUCACGAGCUCGAUGAUAAAUUGUCCCCUGAAGAGCUGGAUCUCAUGAUCGAGGAAAUUGAUGCCGAUGGAUCGGGCACCCUUGAUUUCGAUGAGUUCAUGGAGGUAAUGACGGGCGGUGAUGAUUAAAUUCCGAAAACGGCGAUAAAAAUGACGCUUUGAAAUGGAAAUGACGGUUCGAUGCAUUUCUGGGGAUGCAGAGAAGGACAUAAUAAUGCAUAUCUAUGCGGAAUUAAUAAGACAAUUAAAGAACAUCUCGGGAAGACAUGCGAUCGCUGAAGAAAUUCCAUCACAUGACGUGUACAUAUCAUUUGAACGUCCCGAAUAAAAUAACUUCCGCAUGUCAUGGA